UGCAAUGAGGGGUACGAUGACCGAGGCAGUAUGGCAGAGGAGCCAAUAUGUGCCAACAAUUGAAGAGUACAUGAAAAAUGCAGUUCCUUCUUAUCUUAUGGGCCCCAUUCUGUUCCCAACAUUAUAUUUUUUGCGAGAAAAUCUCAAGGCUACUGUUGUCAAAGAUCACGAAUACAAUGAGUUAUAUCGGCUAAUGAGCACUUGUGGCCGUCUCCUGAAUGACAGUCAAAGUUUUGAGAGGGAGGGCAGCGAAGGCAAACUGAACAUAGUCCAUCUGCUUAUUCUUCACAGUGGUGGUUCUAUGUCUAUAGAAGACGCCCUAGGUGUGGUGCACAAGUCCAUAGAUACUUGCAGGAAAGAUCUGCAAAAAUUGGUUUUUAGGAAAGGAAGCGUCGUUCCGAGAACAUUCAAAAAGCGGUUCUGGAACAUAUGCCAGACUAACUUCGUGUACUACCGCGAGACAGAUGGAUUUAGCUCGCCAACUUCAUUGAACAGCCUAGUGAAUGCAGUUAUCAAUGAGCCUCUCAAAGUACCAAAUUAGCAAUCCAUCGUCCGCUAGCUGUUUCAUCCAAUAGUAUAUGGACUACCUGUGUCGAAUAAAGCCAUCUACA